AUGACUUUCUCCCUGGCCAGAAGCCUCCUGGUGAUUUGUGCAGCUUCCCUGCACGUGGUCUCCACUGACCCUGAUCUUUCUGAAGCCGCUGCUACCAUCGCCCAGACCUUCCACCUGGUCCGCCACAUGCAACUCAACAGCACGAUCCUUUUGCAAACCUACCUGAGGCACCAAGGUAGUCCAUUUAGCGAUCUUGACUUUGAUGCCCAAAGAAUAUAUUAUAAGGGGGUGCCACCAGCCGACAUCCCCUUCCUUGAAUGGUGCAACUUGAAGGACUGUGAGCGUCUGAGCCAGAACUAUGAGGCCUACAGCACCUUCUUUGAGUUCCUGUUGCUGAUCAGGAAUGACCAGCUAGAGCUCAACCCCAAUCAAGAGGAACUGCUGGAGCUGUUGAAAAUCACCCAUCUACAUGUCAAAGGCCUGCUGAGCAAUUUGACUUCCAUCAUGGUGGCUCUGAGGUUCCCAGUCACCAGGACAGUAGACACCCUUACGUUGCAGGCGGUGGAAGCCAACGACUUUGAAAAAAAGGUCCGGGGCUAUGUAGUGUGCCUCACAUACAAAGAAUGGAUCGACCGGACUGUGAAAGACUUCGCUCGCCUCAUCAAGAAAUUACCCGCCCCCAGCUUCUCCCCCUAG